UGCAUCAUCAGGGCUAAUGUUUAUCUUAAUUGCCCGUUACCCACCUAGACUAGAUAUGGACAACUAUUGCCAUCACCACUAACGUUAUUUUACAUGCAACUAGACUAAAGUAUAAUUUAGCUAGUUAGUUAGCCAUCCAGAUAACUAGCUAAGUUAUUUGUGUUUCCGACAAACGAACGCAUCUCUGCACAAUGAAGGGCUAACGUUCUAGUUAAUGUUAUAUGUGCAACAUUACGAUGCAAACUGCUCUUGACCUCGAUGUGGCACCGAUUCUGAAAUGACUUAAGCCUUAACUUAAGUUAAGUUAAGGGGGUUGUCAACUGUCAAUUUCACUGAAAUUCGAGGCAUGUCUGGUAACUACUUGCGAUAAGUUAGCUAGCUAAAACUAAGGCUAUGGUUUUAAUACUUGCUGAAGAAAUGUGUGCUUUCUGGGUAGCUAAAUAACAAACGCAUCUAAACGUUUGUCAGGGAUCAUACGGAUUGACAGAUGUAGCUAGAAUUGUUGGAAUUAAAUUCUGACCAGCUGCUUUUUAGCACCGCAUCGUUGUCGGGCUUCAAUACUUAGCGUUUUUGCAAGCCAUGUGCGUUCUGUCCAUGCGUUUUGCCACUCCUGUCAUGUCCCAAUGUUGUUCCUGUUAAGGAGUGAUACUAGAUGCGAGUGAGCUACGUAUUCUAUUUAAAUAUGCAGGAAGGGGAGGUCUUCUAAGAAAUGUCAUUCUUUAUACGAGUUCUAAAGCUGAUCACCUCGGUUGAAGAAAGAUCAGGGAAAAGUUGGAAAAGAAGAAAUGUUAGCGGAGCAAGCUCAUGCAGCUGGCUAGGCUAACUGCAGCGAUUCGGUAUAUGUUGCUUUACGUUGUCAAAAUAUGAUUAGCUGUAGCUAUCGAGCUAAGCAACUGAACACGUCGGUGAUCCUACUUGGGUUAUCAGGGCGCGCAACGGGCUCGUACCGAAUUGGAUAGCUAGCAUAGCCUGAUUGAGGUUAUCCAACUAAGUUGGCUAUGCUUUCUUCAACCAACAUAAUAUCGUUAAAGAUUCACGACCAGUUUUGGUUCUGAUUAUAAGUUACAAAACGAUAAUGGAAUAGAUCCCUUUCCACGGUGUGUAACGUUACUACCAUUAUGUUCUUUUUGUUUGAGGGAACACAUUGUACACAAUAAUCGACACAAGGUUUUGUUUCCCUAGCUACGUGCAACUGUAUCGUUACUAUUAGUAUUAACGGUAGCUAUCAUUCGUUGUUAACGUAGCUAGCCCAUUAUUAUUUUUUGGACAGAUAAAGAUAAUCGUGUAUAAAGUACCCAAAGUACUGUAUAAGAAAAUUCGAAGUAACUUGUGAAAAUAAAACAAAACAUUACGUGGGAAGUUGAAAUAUAAGUUCAUCUAAAAUAGAUGGAGGAUUCUAAUAGGAGGUAUGGGUGGAGCAUCCUGGGCAUUUCUAUGGGAGUCCAUAGAAGGAGGGAUUUUUUAUAUUGCCAUGCUUUUCACAAGGAAUUUACAUGUAAGCUGGAGGUUGGUUUUUAGUUAAUCAUGCUAAUUAUAUGUACAACGAAUACGGUGGUGACUACUCAAAUAACUGACGUCUUAAUUUGCACGAGAUAAGGCUUGACCCUCGCAUAGGAACAUUCCAGUGAUUGCCAGUUCGCUUGUCAGGUAACACCUGCAGAAUUACAUUUGUCCGAGACUGAUUUUCGGGGAUGCCAUGGACGGAGAGGUGUCCAAGCCAUGCGCCCGGAUGGAGGAUGGUCCGGUAGCUCUUGAUAACCACGCGGAGUGUGUGGAGGUGGUGGCGAAGCGGUCAGAGAGCCCUGACGUGACCGAGGAGACGGUCUUCAUCUCGGGGAAUGCGCGGGAUGCGGGGACCAACACCGAGCCCAGAAAAUGCUGCGGCAGGCUGUGCGAGUCCUGCCCCUGCCCCCCCAGGGGGCUCCUGGCCUCCCUCGUCACCAAAGUGGCUAUGGCUGCUGUGCUGUUUGGAGUGGUGUGGUCCAUAACAGAAAAGGAGUGUCUUCCGGGGGGGAACCUGUUCGGAAUCACAGUGGUGUUCAUCUGUGCUGUGGCUGGAGGCAAACUUGUGGCAUGCAUUCGAUUACCCAAGCUACCACCCUUCCCUCCACUUCUGGGAAUGCUCCUGGCCGGAUUCACCCUGCGCAACAUCCCCGUGGUAACAGACGCCGUCUACAUCAACUUCCGCUGGUCGGCUUCCCUGAGGAACAUCGCUCUGGCCAUCAUCCUGGCCAGGGCUGGGCUGGGACUAGACAGCUCGGCGUUGAAGAAGCUAAAGAUGGUGUGUCUGCGGGUGGCGGUGGGGCCCUGCACAAUAGAGGCCUGCACAGUUGCAGUGGCUUCGCACUUUCUGAUGGGUCUGCCGUGGAUCUGGGGCUUCAUUCUGGGGUUCGUGCUGGGUGCUGUGUCCCCCGCCGUGGUGGUGCCGUCCAUGCUGCUCCUGCAGAAGGAGGGGUAUGGCGUGGAGCAGGGCAUCCCCACGCUGCUCAUGGCUGCUGGCAGCUUCGACGACGUCCUGGCCAUCACAGGCUUCACCACCUGCAUGGGUGUGGCCUUCGCCACAGGAUCCACAUGGUACAAUCUGCUCAGAGGGGUCCUCGAGGUGGUGGGGGGUAUAGUUGCUGGGCUGAUUCUCGGUUUCUUCAUCCGAUUCUUCCCCAGUCAAGACCAGAAAAGCCUGCUGAUAAAGCGCUCCUUCCUGCUCCUGGGCCUGUGUAUCUUGGCCGUGUUUGGCAGUAACCUGGCAGGCUUCCCCGGCUCCGGCGGCCUGUGCACGCUGGUGCUGGCGUUCCUGGCGGGCGUCGGCUGGGGGGACUCCAAGGCUGCUGUGGAGGAGGUUGUGGGCGGGGCCUGGGAGAUCUUCCAGCCUCUGCUCUUUGGGCUGAUUGGAGCAGAAAUAACAGUCUCCAGGCUGGAUCCCCUCACUGUGGGACUGGGUGUGGCCGCUCUCUGCAUCGCGUUGACCGUGCGAGUCCUCUUCACCUUCCUCAUGGUCAUGUGCGCCGGCUUCAACUUCAGGGAGAGGGUGUUUAUCGCCCUGGCCUGGGUCCCCAAGGCCACGGUGCAGGCGGCCAUCGGCUCCACAGCCCUGGACCUGGCGCGCACUAAGAAGGAGACGGAGCUGGAGAAGUACGGCAUGGACGUGCUCACUGUGGCCGUCCUGGCCAUCCUCAUCACCGCGCCCAUCGGCGCCCUGGUCAUCGGCCUGACCGGCCCAAUCCUGCUGCAGAAGCCCAGAGACCACGCCAGCUGGAAAGCGCACCCGGAGGGAACGGAAGCAGACGCAGCGCAGAAUCUGCCCGAAACACCCAUGACGUACGAGAGCUCUAUGUGAUGACCCACAAGCUUGCUGAAGGGGGGGGGUAAGGGAGUACAGCCCAAAAGAGGAAGUGACACGCACUGACCGCCGGGAAGGAAGCAGGACCCCUGCUUCCCCAACCCUCUCCCCUCACAAUUCCACCCCCCCCCCCCUUCUGUAAGACCUCACCAGCACCAGUGACUCCGUGCAUAUUUAUAGACGUGACUUACUACUGUUGGGGGUUUCCAGUUCCCAAGGUGAAACCAACACUAGACAACCUUCAGUCAAGCACCUACCUACCUCAGUUCCAACUGUUGGUACUAAUAACCAAUAUUAGUACCAACAGUCCAAAGAGAUUGAGUCAGUUAGAGCUUUUAUGGAGCGAUGGCAUUCAGGCGGUCAGUUUAUGCGAGCUUACACAUCCGCAUGCAGUAAGAGAGAUGCUGGCCAUCUAGUGGGUUGAAAUACAGUUAGACUACUGAUAAUAGGUGUGUAUUUUGAGUACUGUAUGUACUGUACAGUAUUCUAUUGCAUUUUUAUGAUCAUGUAGGUGUAUAUUUUGAUAAAUUAAGACUUUGCAGAAAAUAUGUAUUUUAUAUUAUAAUGAAUCAUAGAAGUCUAGUAAUUUUAAAAUAAUGUUGUGUUAGACAAUGUCUUGCUCUGAAAAGUGAAAGUAAUGGCUGUAAUAUGCCUCUAAAUGUCAGUCUAGGGCUGUGUUUUUGCAGCUUGAAGGCCAGAGUUCAAGAGGACCAUAUUUAUGAUUACUGUCAAAUCAGGAGAGCCAAAGAUGUCUUGACCUUGGCCAUUUAUUUUGUCCAAGAUAACCGCAUACAGAAUCCAUACAGUCUGCCUCCCAUCAUAAUCCCCAGCCACGGUUAAGAUGCUUUCUUGUAAAAACAAAAAAAAGUAAAAAAGUAAUUUUUAAAUAAUUGCUGAGCUAUAAUGGUGAAAUACCAACUUGUUUUUUUAUAUAAUUUAAUCAGAUUUCUGUGUUUAAUUAUACUGUUUUUCCAAAGAUGUUUUUUUAACAGCUUCAACAUUGGUCAGCUGGUGGAAGGGAGACUAGUUUUUCAGAAGAACAGAUGUACUAUUUAUUACAAUGUGUUCCAUAAAAUGUUUUUUUUUUUUUAC